AUGGAUAAGGCUCUCGCGGACUUGUCGAUACUCUGGGGUAAGGUCGGCCCAUUCCACGACCUCUCAAGGAUCCUGGGCCCUGGCGCCUCGGACCCUGCGGCAGCCUAUGGCAAAACAUGGUUUGCCGCCGAUAGCGGCAGUACACACCCGCUGCAAGCGACAGAGACCGAGAUGGAUACGGUGUAUGAACGAUUGAUGGAAGACGAAAUGCUGCAACGCGCUUCGAAACUGUACCAGCGUUGGGACACCAUCCUUUUCGACGCUGAUCGACAAUUGGAUGAGUUGUCGGCUUUACAAGAAAAGUGCGUCCGUAGUCUGAAUGAUCUUGAGAUGCGCCGAGCUACCUACUGUUUGAAUUUCAAGAACGUGAACCACAAGUUCAACGAAAUGUAUAAUCGUAAGGUCGCACUCUCGGACAAACUUGCAACGUUGGAUGAAAUGUACAACCAUUACGCUAAUUACAAGACUUUCUUGAGAACUGUAGAUCAGAUUGAAAACAACCAGUUUUUUAAAACAUUGGGAUCGAUGAGGGUGCGCAACAUCAAAUCUGCCAAAACGGCAAGCGGCUCUAAAGCGUCGGAUGACAAUCAGGCUGCUGCCGUCAUUGAGAGCACUGUCAGUGAAGAAGACGCCUUAGAUAUGACUCUUGAAUACGUAGAGAAGGUUGCGGAGCGUUGCAAUGCAAUGUUGCCCGCCAUAGAAGCGUCGAUCGACUUCUUCAGCAUACAUGUAAAUUACUUCGAUGCCGAAGCUUUGAAAUACAGAUACGAGAUCCUGCGCACGCGCGUAUGUGAACUAAUGAAACUCGUAUUUAAAGAGGUGUACAAUUUUGCUAGCGAGAGCUGCAAGGGCUUCGAUCAUUUUGACGUCGCUGCACACUACAACAAGUACCGCAGGAUCGGACGCAGCGUACGGGCGCUGAGUGACUACUACGCUAAGCAAACCACUGAACUUGGCAAUUCUGAGUUUCUGCAAUUGCAGAUGUACUAUAUAACCAGUCGCAUAAAGAUUCUGAACCCGUUGAUGUUGCUAAAGAUGGAUUCCUUCGAAAACUUCGACAGUAUAGCGGCGUUCUUCCUGCUCAUCUGCAAUCUCGAGGUGCUUACCUUCAAGGAGACAUUCGUGACCGACGAAGCUCAUGAAUCGCUGGGAACAAUGGUGGAUAACGUGGUUUUCUACUUCACAGAAGCGUGCAAGCGCCAAAUGCCCAAGCUUCAGACCUCCACGGAUUUGCGCUCUGCUAUGGCUAGCAUUCAAGAUAAACUUAUAACACCGGUAAAAACAUCGGGUACUAAGGGAGUGUUGCAGCCGCUCAUGCUGCGAGCGCAGCAAACCUACAAUAACAUGGAGAGCACCCUCAUCAAGUCUGUCCAGCGAGAAAUUGCCACUCACGUUAGGGCUUACGACAAGAAGGCAUUCGUAAAAGCUUUGUGUGACGAAGAGCAAUUUGAGCCCGAUUGGGAACACGAGUUACUAUCGCAAUUGAAAGACAAGAACCUAAGAGGGGCUAACCUCUACCCUCCUGUUUGUUUCGCAGCAGGGAUCGUGUUGAAGAACGUCAACUAUAUCGGGGGGUACCGUCUAAAUAAGCUCGCCUCAGAGGCGCUUGACGCCAUGAAGGCCUCUAUUGUCGACGCGCAAUAUUUGUUCGGCAAGAUGUGCCAAUUGGACAAGGCAUUGGUACGAAUCAAUCAGGACUUCUUCAUGAUGCGCCACCUCCAGCACGUGUUUGUGCUCAUGGACGAAUUCUAUGGAAUCGACUCGUUGAGCUCCAUAUACGGGCUCUACGACACUGCGGAACGACAAUUCUGUGCAGGGGUAGCUGGCCUGCUGCUGGGCGACUUCCAAUCGUUCACCCGCAAGCAAAGGAAGCACGACCAGCCCGUCUACGAGGAGAUGCUGGCAGCCGCCAUGACACAAUUAACCGAUAAACUUCCUAUAUUGAAGCGUCGCAUGGAACACCAGCUGGGACAAAAGUAUUUCAAGCGCGCGUUCAGAAAGCUAAAGCAUUCACUGGAAGAUGUACUCACCGAGUACUCGAAGAAAUUCAGUUUUCAACCACCUACACUACCCGAAGAAAAGGAGAGCGGCGAGGCUGAAGAGCCAUACCACCGUCUGAUACGGUUGUGA